GGCAGCUUCCCUACUAGAAAACUGAGAGAUCAUCUUUUAUCUGACGUCAUGACAGCUGAAUCAGCUGCGAGCCUUCAGUUUGCAAAGAGCCUUUUUGCCGCCCCGACGCUGCUCUGACAACGUGAAUAUAUGAGAUUUUCCAUAAACCCUGAAAUGGCUACACAGGAGGUUCAACCGAAUGAGACUCUCACUAACCUAAAAGCAGAAUCGGAUACGUUGAAAACGAAGCUGGAGGACGAAAGAGCGAAACUGCACGAUGUCGAACUCCACCAGGUGGCAGAGAAAGUGGAUGGACUGGGCCAAUUUAUCAUGAAGACCCGGCGUACUCUGAAGGGACAUGGCAACAAAGUUCUCUGCAUGGACUGGUGUAAGGACAAGAGGAGGAUCGUCAGCUCAUCACAGGAUGGGAAAGUGAUUGUAUGGGAUGCCUUCACCACUAACAAGGAGCACGCGGUGACCAUGCCAUGCACCUGGGUGAUGGCCUGUGCCUACGCCCCCUCUGGAUGUGCAGUAGCCUGUGGUGGUCUGGACAACAAGUGCUCUGUGUACCCUCUGUCCUUGGACAAGAAUGAGAACCUGGCAGCGAAGAAGAAGUCUGUCGCCAUGCACACCAACUACUUAUCUGCCUGUAGCUUCACUAACUCAGACAUGCAGAUCCUGACGUCGAGCGGAGACGGAACCUGUGCAUUAUGGGAUGUGGAGAGUGGUCAGCUGUUACAGAGUUUCCAUGGACACGCCGCCGAUGUUCUAUGUCUCGACCUAGCUCCUUCUGAGACCGGCAACACCUUCGUCUCUGGAGGCUGUGACAAGAAGGCCAACGUAUGGGACAUGCGCUCAGGCCAGUGCAUCCAGUCCUUCGAAACCCACGAAUCAGACAUCAACAGCGUCAGGUACUACCCCAGUGGAGAUGCAUUUGCCUCAGGCUCCGAUGACGCUACAUGUCGUCUCUAUGACCUGAGGGCAGACAGAGAAGUGGCCAUUUAUUCCAAAGAGAGCAUCAUAUUUGGUGCCUCCAGUGUUGACUUCUCUCUCAGUGGCCGGCUACUGUUCGGUGGCUACAACGACUACACCAUCAACGUGUGGGAUGUCUUGAAGGGGACGAGGGUGUCCAUCCUGUUUGGACACGAGAACCGUGUCAGCACUCUGCGUCUGUCUCCUGACGGAACAGCCUUCUGCUCGGGGUCAUGGGACCACACUCUCAGGAUCUGGGCUUAAAGAAGAGGAAAAUGACACAGAAGAGGGGGAAAAACAGUGAAAAGUGAAUUCCGUGGUAGAUAGAUCGAGCCAGUUGUACAUAAAAGACAGACAUGUUCCACUCUGCUUGAGUACAAUCAUAGACGUCAUAAACUAUGGCGACAGAUUUUUCAAUGCGAAUAUUCUAAAAAUCCGCAUGAAGAAAAUAGAAAAUAUACAUUUUCCCCACCAGGGGGGAUUCCGCCAAAUUGACUUGGAUGGAUAAAAAAUAAAAUAAAUUAGUGCGUGAUGACGUAGUGCACACUAUGUACUUUUUAGCUUAAGUUUUCAUGUACUGAAUAAAUGAAAUCUACAGUUCAA